GAAUUUACUACUCUAUAAAAUAGGAAUAAUUAAUAAGAUUUUUUUCUCUCACUAUAAAUCUCGCAAAACUGACAACACUUUUGCACCGGCAGUUCACAAGUAGUAGAGACAUGGACGGCGGCAAGUCGCAGCAGCAGCAGAAGAGACUGGCUGUCUUGGUGGGAUGCAACUACGAGCACACCCGUUUCCAGCUCAGCGGUUGCAUCAAUGACGCCCGCUCCAUGCGCCAUCUCCUUCUCUCCCGAUUCGCCUUCUCCCCCGACGACGUCCUCCUCCUCACCGACGACGCCGUCGCCGACUCCCCCCGCCUCCUCCCCACCGGCGCCAACAUCCGCAGCGCCCUCGCCGCCAUGGUCGACCGCGCCGCCCCCGGCGACGUCCUCUUCUUUCACUACAGCGGCCACGGCACGCUCGUGGACCCCGUCUGGCCCCUGAACCACCGCGAAGAGGCCAUCGUCCCCUGCGAUUUCAAUCUCAUCACCGAUGUGGAUUUCCGGGAACUGGUGAACCGCGUGCCGAGCGGCGCAACCUUCACGAUCGUCUCCGACUCCUGCCACAGCGGCGGACUCAUCGACCACGAGAAGGAACAAAUCGGCCCCUCCUCCACAGUGGCCGCCGCAACGGCGUCUCCUCCCAGUCCCACAAGCCGAACGCUCCCACUCGAAUCCGUAGUGCACCACCUCGCCGCGCUGUCAAACCUCGCCUCCCCGAACAUCGCCGACCACUUGGUGGAGCUCUUCGGCACCGAGGCGAGCGCCAAGUUCGCCUCCUCCCACGUCGCGGCGCCGCGCCGCCGCGGCGACGACGAGGGGAUACUUCUCAGCGGGUGCCAGACGAACGAGACGUCAGCGGACAUGGAACCGGAGGCGGACGGGGAAGCUAGCGGGGAGGCGUACGGGGCGUUUACCGGCGCGAUAAGGAGGGUGUUACUGCAGAGGAAGGAAGGGGAAGUGGUGAGUAAUAGGGAGUUGGUGAUGGGGGCGAGGAGGUUGCUGAGGACGCAGGGUUUGUCACAGCAUCCGUGCCUCUACUGCAGUGACGUCAACGCCGAGAAACCCUUCUUGAUGUGGCCAUUGACGCCGGCGCCAGCGCCGGCGGAGGAGAAGCAGAAGCAGGGGACGCACGCGAGUUCGUAAUAAUUAAACGCUUCAUUAAUCGUUAUAAAAACCGCUACAUAUUUAUAAUUUAAAUUGGAACAUAUAUAAAUCCAAAUGGGAAUGUUGUUAAUGCCUAUUUAUGAAAAUUUCUUGUAACAAAAAACUGAUUAAUGAAAAGUAAUAAAUUGUUGCUUUUGUGGUUGUUUUUUUUA